CUGCGGCCCUCCCGACCAUUGUAGGGAAAGAACAAGGGGCCUUUGUCAAGGGUCGAUCAAUUUUUGACAACAUAAUGGCGACAAUGCAGGCUUUGGAAGUAAUAGGAGGAGAAAAAAGGGAGGUGGCUAUGCUAAUGCUCGAUAUGGAAAAAGCAUAUGACAAGGAUAACUUGCUGGCGGAGAAAGUGAUGGCCAGAAUAGCGAACUGGGAAAGGCGGACGUGCUUAUCACUAUUUGGCAGGGCCUUGGUCCUGACUUUUGCGGCCUUCUCACUACUCUGGUAUCCUCUGAUGGUCCACAGGCUGGGACACAUGGCCUAUAAGAGGAUCAAGAGCGCCGCUGCGCGGUAUUUAUGGAAGUCGGCUGCAAACGAAGAACAGGGCUACCUCUUGAAGGUGGCCUGGGAAGUGGUGGCGACCCCCAGGAAGAAAGGGGGUUUGGGAAUUUUGGACCCAGUUCAACAAAACGUCGCCUUACUUGCAAAAUGGCUGAUACAGGCCAUGACUGGAUUGGAUACGAAACUCUGGAUGAAUUUGGCAGAAUAUAUAUUAGGCUCGGAGUGGGGAUUAGAAGAUCACUCCAAGUGGCUAAGGGCAGUCAACCCUAGGAUCGAUUGGCAGAUCCCUAAGGUUGAACUCCCCAAGGAACAGGGGGUGUAUCAGACUUGCAGGAUUGCGGCUGAACACCACCCAAAGACCUCUUGCUAUUGUUUGAGAGCGAGAGAAUUCUAUUCCCUCUCGCGCCAGUACGACCAUGAGCAUCUGUUUUUAGCUCUGGUCAAACAAACGAAGGCUGCACCUGUUUCCUGUCCUCCUGAGAUACAGCAGGUUGUGGAUCAAUAUGCUGAUCUGAUGCAGGAGCCCUUUGGAUUGCCCAACCGACCAACCAAGCAUCACAUCGAGCUGCUACCUAGAGCGGUCCCUCCCAAGGGCCGCAUCUACAUGAUGUCCCUUGCUGAGCUUGAGGAGCUCAGAAAGCAGUUAGAGACCCUGACCAGCAAAGGCUGGAUACGACCGAGCACAUCUGAAUUUGGCGCUCCAGUACUCUUCGUCCCGAAAGGGAAUGGAGAGUUCAGAAUGUGCAUUGACUACAGGAGCCUCAACAAGAUCACUAGGAAAAGUACAAAGCCUAUUCCUAGGAUCGAGGACCUGCUGGAUAUGGUACAGGGCUACACAGUGUUCAACAAAAUCGAUUUCAAAUCUGGUUAUCACAAGAUUGAGAUGGCAGAGGAGGAUGUCCACAAGACCGCCUUCAAAACCAGAUAUGGUACUUACGAAUAUCUGGUUAUGCCAUUUGGACUUUGCAAUGCCCCAGGGACCUUCCAGACUGAGAUGCACCGCAUCUUCAGGCCUUACUUGGACAAGUUCAUGGUUGUCUACCUAGAUGAUAUUCUGGUUCCGGGAUUGAACCUGCAAGACAACCAGGUCUUGUACAUCUACUCUCGUGCUCUGCCCGAGCCCGUUCGUGGACAACUCGUGGCUGAGCCCAAGUCCGGUAAGUAUAACUAUAGGCAAUUUCGGGAUCUGGCUCUCCAACGAGAGCAAAUGACUUUUCAAGUGAAGAACUCUUAUGCGUUUGUUGUGAAGUAUGGUGGUGGUGCAGGAACAGGAAAGCGAGUACUUUGGCGCCAAAAGCGCCAGGACCACACCCUUGUCGUCUUCGAUCACGAAACUGUGGAAAGGUGGCCGUUGGAAGCCGAGGGUGUGGUGACCAACAGUGAUUCCGGGAAGGGGGAAGUCACUGUUACUGUGGUCAACAAGGGAGGACCACGACCGCCAGUUAAGAAGAAGAAGCCACGCUCGUUCCCAGAGCACCCCGGAAUUGCGGCCGGGAAGCCUUGGGAGAAGAUGGGCCUGUCACAAGAAACGUGGCAGGAACGAAUGGACAACGCGCUGUGCCUGAAGUGUGGCAUUGCAGGGCAUGCGAUUGCAUAGUACUUCAGCAAGAUCGGCUUGAAAUCUGGGUAUCACCGGAUUGAGGUGGAACCCUCCGAUCAGCAUAAGACCGCUUUCCGGAUCAGGUAUGGCCACUACGAGUUCGUGGUAAUGCCCUUCGAAUUAACGAAUGCCCCUGCUACGUUUCAAAGGUCAAUGAAUGACUUGUUUCGUCAAUGGAUCGAUAAGUUUGUUAUUGUCUAUCUCGAUGAUAUUCUAGUGUACAAGAAUGGUCUAUGCAGAGGAAAUAAUCUGAAUGCUGAAAAUAUUAUUCAGAGGGUUAUAACCAACUACAUGUCUGCCAAUCAUGCUGUGGAUGAAAAAGGGAAGAAGAAGGCAGAAAGUGAUGAUGAUGAGGAUGAUGAUGCUGAUGAUGACUAUGGUAAAAGAGGGGAUUCCUCCAGAUCCAAGAAGAAUGGAGGGAAUGUUGAAAAAAGGAACAGAGAGAAAAGAAAGUACGACGAGGGACCAAAGAAGAAAUUUGUCUGCUAUUAUUGUGGUGAAGGAGGUCAUACUACCACUUACUGUAAGCCACUGGAAGAGGAUGUGAAGAGUGGGGUAGCAAAGAAGGAUGCAAUGAGUCAGUUUGUGACAGUUCAUGGAACAAAUGAGAUCCCAAACAUCCUGGAGAGUGAUGACGUGCGGUUGGAGUGCGUCAUCUCCGCAAUUAUGGAUGAACCUCUCGUAUCUAUGAUGUUGGCAGAAGCAGGUUUGGUCCUGUUGUGCGUACCAUUGGGGGUUCUCGUGGUUGUGCCAUGUGCCGUGUUUGUGGCUGGUGUGGUCGAGGCGCGGUUGCCUGUGACCGGUGUGAAUGGCAGCGGUGUCUGUCUUGAUCUGCUCCUGUGUGCGAUGUCUGGCUCUGCUGCCAAGGCACUUCUUCUGCUGCCUCUAGCUGCUGCCGGUGUCUUGACUGGGGCGUCGGGGAUCAUGAUGCCGGCGAAUCUGUUUGUGAAUGGAACAUUCUUCAAAGCUGGAUGGUCGUGUGAGGGAGAGGGGGAGGCAGCAGGAGCGGAAGAGGCAGUGGGAGUGGGAGCGGGGGAGGCAGCAGGAGCGGAAGAGGCAGUGGGAGUGGGAGCGGGGGAGGCAGCAAGAGCGAAAGAGACAGUGGGAGUGGGAGCUGGAGAGGCAGCUGGAGCGGGGGAGGCAACGGGAGCGGGAGAGGCAGCAGGAUCAGGAGCGGGAGAGGCAGCGGGAGCGGGAGCAGGGGAGGCAGCGGGGGUGGGAGAGGCAGCAGGAGCGGAAGAGGCAGUCGGAGUGGGAGCGGGAGAGGCAACGGGAACGGGGGAGGCAGCGGGAGUGGGGGAGGCAGCGGGAGCAGGAGAGGCAUCAGGAUCGGUGGCAGAUCGGGCACAGGUGUCUCCCCACGAACGACUGGAUUAUAGACAAAACCAGAUUAGAACAAAAGGGGGUGGCCCUUUCCUGGUGCAAGCUGUGCCUGACAGGUUUCCCAUCUUGGACGUGCAGAGAAACAAUAGAGCACAUCUUCCUGCAGUGCCCGGGAGUGCUGCUGCUGUGGCGAUGGUGGACGUAUCUGGAGGCAGCUGGCGGCGGCGGCAUGACACCGCUGCGGAACAUGUGCAGGAGACAUUCAGUGGUCGCUCCCCUGUGUAUCGGUACCUUGUUGUCGGCAAGAAGGUCGACAACAAGGGGGUCAUGAUGCUGCGUUGCACAUUCUGCAACAACGUGUUCCAGGGUACUCAGUACCAGGCCACGAGACAUUUCAACCAGACGAACUACUGCAAGGACGUCAGCGACGAGGCACUGUACGAGAUUGCACGACAGACUCAACAAAAGUUCGAAUCUGACCACAUGGAGAGGGUUGCCAGGUAUGCCGCAGAGCGUGGACUCGAUGCGCCCCAGGCCGGUGGUGCAAGGGGAGGAGAGGCGGGGCAGCAUCCGGCGGAGGGAGGGGGCAUGGGAGAUGGUGGCCAGGGUGCGCGAGGAGGGACUCCCGGCACAGAGGACGCGCCGGAGUUCCAUCCAGGCACUGGGAAGAGGAUGGUGGACUGGCUGCGGCGAGCAGCCAAGGGGGCGCUGCCUGCACCAACUGGUGUAACGGAGGAUGGUCCUUCGAAGAGGAAGGAAGGAGGAGCUGAUCCGGCUGCUACCCACGCUGGAAAGAGGCUCCGGCAGCAGAAGGUGACUGAGGUCUAUGGUGGCGAGUGGGUUGCUCGCCACAAGAAGACCUUCCUCCGCUGUCUUUAUUCCAGCGGGGUGGCCUUCAAUGCCCUCCGCAACGAGGCAUGGAAGGCAUAUCAACAGGUGCUCCCUGAGCAACCUGGCAGUUUGCCGCGCGAUGUGCUCACUAGCCACAGCGAGAUUGCCAGCAUGCAGGCGGUGGAAACCCACCGUGCGGAGUUGGCGGAGGAGUUGGAGGAGGUGAGGCAACCAUUCUGGGUGACUGGUGCCACCAUUCUCUUUGACGGGAGGAAAUCACGAGACGGGAGACCGAUCGUGAAUUUCCUUGCCGCAGGCUCACGAGGGGUCAUCAUGUACAUGACGAUCAAUCGAGAGGGGGAGCCGGACGAUGAAGUGCACGUCCUUCGGAGAUGGGUCACCAUCUUCCACAAGUUCAGGUUCGGUGGGCCGCAGCGGGUCAAUGCGAUUUGCACUGACUCCGCUUCAGCAUACGUGGGGGCUGCAAGGGCGUUGGCCUCGUCGACCAUGCCUCUUGCAUUGAGGAGGAUCACAUGGCUCCCGUGCUCCGUCCAUGUCUGCAACAAAUUGUUGUCAGACAUGGGGACGAGACACUUUGCAGGGCAUGAUGCGAGGGGACGACUCGCGGGCAUUUGCUUCCAUCCCGUGGUUGCCGAUGUGUGCCAGAUGGCGCGUUGGGUGCGCCGACAGAUCAGAUGGGAUCCAUGGUGGCAGAGGGUUGCCACCAUCGUCCAUAUUAUGGAGCCCGUCAUGCAGUUGCUUAGGCGGAUGGAUCGUGGAGGGCAGUUCAUGUCGCUCAUGGUCGAGUGGGCACAGGAUCUUGUCCACCGUGUGAAGGACGCAUGUGAUCCUUUGAGUCAGUCCUUCACGGACCGGAUCAUCAAGCGUGUGCAGGGCUGCACACAUCAUAUGCUUGAGCCGGCUCACUGCGCUGGGUUUUUACUAAACCCGCGCAGGCGACAUGUUCGUUACUUUUCUGGCAAGGUGGAGGCUUACCAUGCUUGGCUUGUGAGGCAAGCCAAGAGGUACAUUUUGACGCAGACGGGUUUCGAGUUGGACGUUGUGGAUUACAUCGUUGUCUGUCGGCAACUCGAGGACUUCCACAUGCAGCAGGGCAGGUUCGGUGAUUGGGGCGGGGCAAAGGGGCGUGCUCGUGGUCGCCCGUGUAGCGGUGACGCCGAGACGAUCGAGUGCGCGUCUUGGUGGUCCAAGUACGGGGCUGGCGCGUCUGAGUUGCAGCAGUGCGCUCUUCGUGUGAUGCACAUGUGGUCAUGCGCCUCUCCAACGGAGAGGAACUGGGCGGUCUGCGAGGGCAUCCACGCGAAGAAGCGCAACCAGUUGGCCUUCAAGAUGGUUGUGCAGCUCGUUGAGAUCACCGCAAAUGUGCAGUUGACGGAGUAUCGGCGGGCGGGAUGCAGUUAUGUGAUGCCAUGGCAGCGGGACGAGGGCAUGCUCGAUUGUCAGGCAGGCAUUGAGCUGGAGCCGGUGCGCACGGGCACGCGCAAGGGGAUGACGCAGGAGGAGAUUGCCCAGCAGGUUGCGCUUGUUACAAGCGAUCCCAUCGGUGCUUCCGCACCACCCCCUGCCACUGUUGUUUUUUAGCGACGUGCUUGCAUUUUCCGUCCGUACCCCAGGGACGAUGACUCUGGUGACGAGCGGACACCCCAGGCAACAGAUGAC